CGCCCACCCCAAAAUAACCUUGACAACCUGUCAUGGCAUUAUCUCAAAAACAACCCUCCAUGUUGUUCGUCGCUUGUGUCCUCCUCAUGCUCACGCAAGAAAUGCCUUGUCUUGCUUCAUCUCGAAGCCCUUCUCCGGUGGCCCUUGCUGGUCCUAGUAACCAAACCGCUAAUGAGGAACUGGAGGCACUCCUAACAUGGAAGUUUGAGCUGGACAGCCAGACUCGCUAUACUUUGUCUUCGUGGAAUGGGAGCAACCCUUGUUCAUGGCGCGGAGUCGAUUGCGAUUCUUUUGGAAGCAUUGUGAGCCUGAACCUCUCGGAUUCUGCCAUACAUGGUACGCUUCAUCAUCUCAAUUUCUCCCUAUUGCCCAACUUGAUUGCUCUUAAGCUUGCCAACAACUCACUUUUCGGAAACAUCCCUCCGAGCAUGGCUCUUCUUGCCAAGCUUACUCAUCUAGACUUGUCUCGAAAUAACCUUUCGGGAAACAUUCUGACUCAACUAGUGUCCUUGCGAUCUCUCCAAGUUCUCAAUCUAUCGAAUAACAAUUUCAAUGGCCCAAUUCCCAAUGAGAUAGGUAGCUUGAGCAACUUGACCGGCCUAUUUCUUUCUGCAAAUAAUCUUUCCGGUCGUAUCCCUGGAGAAAUAGGAAGGCUCCAGUCUCUCAAUUAUCUCGACUUACAGAACAAUCGCAUCACCGGUCCUAUUCCUUCUUCCAUAGGAAACAUGAGCAGCUUGAUAGAGGUGUGGCUUUGGGAUAAUCAACUUGUUGGGGCCAUUCCAGAGGAAAUAGGAAUGUUGGGGUCUCUCAGUAUACUUGAUUUAUCUUGCAAUUGUCUCGAUGGUUACAUCCCUAAAACUCUAGGAAAUUUGAGUAAUUUAGCAUUUCUAUACUUAUAUCAAAACCAACUUUUCGGUCCCAUACCUUUGGAAGUUGGAGGAAUGAGAUCCCUCGAAAUUUUCCAAUUGCAAUUUAAUGAUUUAAUAGGUCCUAUCCCAUCAUCCAUAGGUAACUUGAGCAAUUUAAAAUACAUUUCCCUUCGCAAGAAUAAGUUGUCGGGUCCUAUCCCAUCAUCCAUAGGUAACUUGAGCAAUUUGAAUAUUCUUCGCCUUGACUACAAUAACCUUUUUGGGCCUAUCCCAUGGUCCAUAGGCAACUUGAGCUAUCUAAAAACUCUUUCCCUUUUCAACAAUAGUUUGUCGGGCUUUGUUUCGAAAGAGAUUGGAAAACUAGGACUCCUUAGUAUAUUACGUCUAGAUAUGAAUAAUCUAGAAGGCUUUCUUCCCAUCGAGAUGAAUAAUCUCACAUCCCUCACUCGCCUUGAUCUAUCUUAUAAUAACUUUGUUGGCCAAUUGCCACAAGAGAUCUGUAGCGGCCAAGCUCUUGUACGUUUUAUUGCAAUGAACAAUCACUUCACUGGACCCAUCCCAAAAAGCUUGAGAAAUUGUUCCAAUCUGUAUCGAGUUAGGCUUAAUAACAACGCGCUCAAGGGAAAUAUAACCGAUGCUCUUGGUGUGUACCCUUACUUGGAUUAUCUUGAGUUAAGUAACAAUGACCUUUACGGGGAGUUACCACCAACAUUGGGAGAAUGUAGAAAUUUGACGAGCUUGAUAAUCUCCAACAAUAGAAUUUCCGGCACCAUACCACCUCAGGUUGGAGACAUGAAUCAAUUGCGUAGACUGGACCUCUCUUCAAAUGAUAUAGUUGGGGAAAUUCCUAAAGAGCUAGGAAAAUUGAAGUUGCUGGUAGAGCUUUCACUGGACUACAACCGUCUUGAAGGCCACAUCCUUCAAGAACUUGGAGCAUUGUCCAGUCUGCAGAAACUCAAAAUUGCAAGAAACAACUUGAGUGGCUCCAUUCCUACAGAACUUGGGGGGUGCUCCAACCUUUUGUUCUUAAAUUUAAGCGGGAAUAAUCUUGAUAAGAGUAUUCCUGUGGAGAUUGACAACCUCCGGUCUCUUCAAGUUCUCGAUCUGAGUCAAAAUUUGCUCACAAGAGAAAUACCUAGACGAUUUGCACAAUUGCAUAGAUUGGAAAUACUCAAUCUCUCACAUAAUCAGCUUUCGGGUUCAAUUGAAUUGGCCUUUGGUGAUAUGGUAAGCUUGACAUCCAUCGACAUAUCAUAUAAUGAGUUAGAAGGUCCUUUACCAAAUGUUCCAGCCUUUCAAAAUGCUACAAUUGAAGUUGUGAGAGGGAACAGAGGUUUGUGUGGAGUUAUCGCUAGUCUCAAACCAUGCACAACAACAACAUCAAAAGGCAAGAACAAAAACAAAAAGUUGCUGCUAAUUUUGAUUCCUACUUUAAGUUGCCUACUUUCAUUGCUUCUUAUUGUGGGAAUUUUAAGAAUAGUAUGCCAAAGAUUAAGGAAAACAGAACCUAGUUCGAACAAUGGAAGCAAUGAAAACUUGUGGGCAGUGUUGACCUUUAACGGGAAUAUGGUCUAUGAGAGCAUUAUUGAAGCCACGGGGGAGUUUGAUGCCAAAUAUUGCAUCGGUGUGGGAGGACAGGGGAGUGUUUAUAAGGCCCAGUUGCGAACAGGCGAAAUUGUUGCGGUAAAGAAAUUUAAGGAAGCAGUGGAAGUCAAAAUCGCUAGUGAAAAAGCAUUUGAAAGGGAGAUUCACGCUCUGAUUGAAGCUCGGCAUCGGAAUAUUAUCAAGCUCUAUGGCUUUUGCUCAAGUUCUCGACAUUCAUUUUUGGUUUACGAGUUCUUGGAAUCAGGCAGCUUAAAGGAUGUAUUGAACGAUGAAGAGAGGAUGACAGCAUUUAAUUGGAAUAAGAGAGUGAAUGUUAUUAAAGGUGUGGCGUGUGCUUUGUCCUACAUGCACCAUGAAUGCUCUCCUCCUAUAGUUCAUCGAGACGUAUCGAGCAAGAACAUUUUAAUGGAUGAACAAUACGAAGCUCACGUCUCUGAUUUUGGCGCGGCUAAGGUUUUGCAACCUUACUCAUCCAAUUGGACUUCCUUUGCGAGCACUUUUGGAUAUGCAGCUCCAGAGCUCGCAUACACAAUGAAAGUGACGGAGAAAUGUGAUGUUUAUAGCUUUGGAAUGGUGACAUUGGAGGUAAUCAUAGGUAGAUACCCGGGCGAUCUCAUAUCGUCUCUCGCAUCCUCAGCUUCUUCAUCAUCAAGCAAUUCAACAGCUUCAUGUUGGCCCCUAAAACAAGCUCUAGAUCAAAGAAUCCCAUACCCAGAUGGUGAUACGCUAGGUCAGGUGGCUUUCAUUGUAAAGAUGGCAUUUACAUGCCUGAGUGCAAAACCGGAGCAUCGUCCAAGCAUGCAACAAGUGUCUCAAGAGAUAUCAGCACGUAGGUCGAUCGUGAUAGGGGCAUUGGAGGACAUAAAAUUGGAAGAACUAGUUGAUCCCAUAUGCCUUUCUUAUUGACAUUUUGGUCUUUCUGUAGCAGCUUGCGUAACUAGUUCUCUUUUAUUUCUCUUACAAGGAUGAUACGCAUCGCAUCACUUAUUUUCCCAAUGAUUUAUGAAUUACUUGAAAAC